AUGAGUGGACUUACAGAAGAUAUAAAGUUAUCCGAUCAUGCGAGUCGAUUACAUAAUCAGAUGAUUUCGAAUGAUGAUAAAAAUAAAUUAUACACACAACAAGAUAUCCAACAAUUUAUUGGAAUGAAUUCCACAUUAGGUGAAAUAAUGCUAAUUGUUCAAGAAUUGGUUGAUAGAAAUUUAUUAAAAUUGGUUAAACAAAAUAAUGAAUUAAAAUUUCAAGCUGUUGAUAUAACAGAAGCUGUUAAAAAAUCUUCGAUGUCAUCUGAAGAAUCAUUAGUUUAUUCGUAUAUUGAAGCAUCGGGACGUGAAGGUAUAUGGUCAAAGACAAUCAAAGCCAGGACGAAUUUACAUCAACAUGUUGUGUCUAAAUGUUUAAAAUCUUUAGAGAGUCAACGAUACGUUAAAAGUGUUAAAAGUGUAAAAUUUCCAACAAGAAAAAUAUACAUGUUGUAUAAUUUGCAACCGUCAAUUGAAGUUACAGGGGGGCCAUGGUUUACAGAAGGAGAAUUGGAUGUUGAAUUUAUUAAUAGUUUGUUAACGAUUGUUUGGAGAUAUAUUGCUGAGAAUACAUUUCCUGAUGGAUUUAAUACGGGAAAUAAAACACAAGAACAAGUACAUUAUGCACCAACUGUUUCAAAUGGUUCAACGACACAAGAAAUACUUGAUUUUAUAUCACUAGCACAAGUAGCCAAUGUUGAAUUAAACACAAAGGAUAUUAGAAGUUUGUGUGAAGUCCUUGUUUAUGAUGAUAAACUUGAACGUAUAGAACAUGAUUAUUAUAAAGUAACAUUGCAAAGUCUUUUACAAUUAGGUAAAAUGACUACUAGUACUAGAGCAACAACUGAAGAGACAGAGGAUAAGAACUCUAAUAAUAAAUCAAUAUAUGAUGAUGAUUCACAAGAUUUUUGUGUCUAUGACUAUUUUAGAGGUAUCGCUCCAUCAAAUAAUGAUAAAGAAGCAGUAUAUUUUGACGAGUGGACUUUGUAA